AUGAUUUGUCUCCAAAAAACAGGUCCCAAUGCAAAGCCCUUGUCACCAAACAAGAAUCAUCGACAGAUACAACGAGUGACAUCCGCGACAGUUCUAUUUUGUGUCCUUCUCUUGGCGUUUUCCUCUUCUUCCCGAAGCAGUCUUCGUGGGGCUCAUGAAUUACAUCUUAACCCACAAUGCUCAGCUCUGAAACAAUUCAGGAUCUGUUCCCAUCAGCUACUCGAUCCACCGGAAAAUCAAGUUGUUGGUUCGCUAAAGGCAAUGUCGGCAUUCUGGGCAAAGGGAAUCAAAUGCUUCGAUAUUGACGCUGUCACCACCAAGGAUGGACAGUUGCUAGCGUCCCAUCCAGUUCGACUGAUACCCAGAAUCAGCCCUAACAAUUCCCAAAAUUUUGAUUCUGCCGCUUACACUUUGGAAGAAAUGCGGAAAUUGGGUGCGGACAAAGAAGGAUACCCUCUACUGUACACGGUCUUUGAGCACUAUGCAUCACUUGUCAAUAAUGAGGCCACAAAGAAGCCGUUUUACGCCAAAGGGUCUAAUUAUCUUGAAGGACCGUUGUUCAAUGUGGAUCUCAAGGGUCCCAAUCUGACUGCCAAACACAUGGAUGACAUUCUUGACAAGCUGGUAGAUCUAGGCAUUCGAGACAAUGUUGCUAUUUGCGCUAACCCACUAAAGGAAGGCGAGAUCGGACCUGGCGUUGAUAUGCUGAAACAUGUAGGACCGAACCCAUCUCGCGGAAACGUGGGCUUGGUUUUGCGAGAUCGAGAGGACAACGAUAGGAAUAUUGCAAAGGUAAAAGGGACUGUUCAGAGCAACCCUUCAAUUCGCUCAUAUGUCGCCUCGUACAAGUUUGAAAAGGAUUACUUUUCGAAAAUCCGAGGCAUGCCUAUCAUUGCCUGGACAAUUGACACAGCUGAGACCCUGUCCUACGCAAUUGAGAACGGUGCAGCAGGGAUCGUCACGAAUCAUCCAAUAAGAUUAUUGAACAUUUUGCAGGGAUGGAUUGAGAAAGAUCAAUGUACUUAA